CGAGAAAUAAUUCGGGAUCUUUUUUAAUCGUCCCAGAAAAGGACCAGAAUUUCGCGUGUUUUCGGUCGACGACGGAAACUUGUUGGCCUCCGCGGCGUCCCUUCGGCGGUGUACUGUUUACCGAGUGCGAAAUCCCGUAUCCCAAGUGUUGUUGGUUCCGGCAGGAGCGGGGUGAAAAUUUGCAGUUCGACGAGAGAGACUCCGCCGCGACUCGGUUCGGUGUCCGCAGCAGGAAGUGAACGGCAGCAUCGCGGAUCGUCCUGCACGGUCCAUCCGAGGAUAUCGCGGUGACCCUGUAGUCGAGGCCAUUCAGCCCCGUAUUAUUAGCAGCGGCAGCAGCAUCACCGAUAGAGAAGGAAUCGGGGAACGAGCGGCAUGAAUCGAAUGGCGAUGAAGAAAUCAUCCUACGGUAUGGAGGACGACGACGAGGACGACGAGGAUGACAAGGAGGAGGGCGGUAUCGAAGACGAUUUGACGGAUUCUGAUUUCGACGAUGAUGAGGACCCGGAUGAGAUCGAAGUUCCAGGCGGUGGUAAAGACUUAGCAACCGUUGCUACGUUAACGAAAAAGUUUAAAACGGAAGACUACACCGCGACAACCCCAACCACGGAUAUGCCGUCCGAGAGAAAACCAUCAAUCGGUGGUUCGGCCGCUAGCAGUACUGGUGCAGGAUUGCUAGGAACUGGACGAGGAGGAGGAGGAGUUGGGCGACCGUUCGGUUCUAUCACACCGCAAGGACCCAAGAUCGUUGGUGGUGUGGAGAUGACUGGACUGGGGCUUGGCGGAAACUCAGCGGUUCCUGCCAGUCAACCGCCACCAAAGGACGUGAGCUCGAUCGUAGCGAGUCAGCUGAUGCUGCAAAACCUGCAGGCUGUGCUGGCGGCAAAUCCGCAUUACCUGACCAGCGGAAUUCCUACUAAAUUGAUCUCACAAAUGUUGAUGGCCGAUCCUAGUAAGUUAAAUCAAAUGCCUGAAGAAGAGGAAGCCGAGGAAGAGGAGAUGGGUGUGGCGGAAACGUACGCCGAAUACUGGCCAGCCAAGUUGAAGAUAGGCAAGAAGCAUCCAGAUUCGGUGGUCGAAACGGCCUCGCUCUCAUCGGUAGAACCGUCCGACGUAUACUAUCAACUUUCGAUUCCAUCCGAAACCAUCAACUGUGGAUUGUUGAGUGCGCUGCAGCUAGAAUCGAUCACGUACGCUUGUCAGGCACACGCCCACUUGCUACCGGAUGGAACGCGGGCUGGGUUUCUGGUCGGGGAUGGUGCCGGUGUUGGCAAGGGCCGCACGAUUGCCGGCAUCAUCUUUGAGAACUAUAUGAAGGGGCGCAAAAAGUCGAUCUGGAUCUCCGUAUCGAACGAUCUGCGAUAUGAUGCGGAGCGUGAUCUGAGCGACAUCGGUGCCAGGAAGAUCGAGGUUUAUCCCCUGAAUAAGCUGAAGUAUGCCAAAAUCAAUUCCACCGUGAAUAACAACAUCAAGAAGGGCGUCAUCUUCGGUACCUAUUCGGCGCUCAUCGGCGAAUCGCAAAGUACGACGGGCAAGUACAAGACGCGUUUGAAACAGCUGCUCCAGUGGUGCGGAGGUCCCGAUUUUGAUGGGUUAAUCGUGUUCGACGAGUGUCACAAGGCGAAAAACCUAUGUCCCGUCGGUUCAAGCAAGCCGACAAAGACCGGUCUGACGGCACUCGAGCUGCAGAACAAACUACCGAAGGCACGUGUAGUGUACGCCUCAGCCACGGGUGCUUCCGAACCGCGCAACAUGGCCUACAUGGUACGGUUGGGUAUCUGGGGCCAGGGUACACCGUUUCCUACGUUUAACGAUUUCAUUCAGGCGGUCGAGAAACGUGGUGUCGGUGCGAUGGAAAUCGUGGCGAUGGAUAUGAAACUGCGCGGAAUGUACAUAGCGCGGCAGCUAAGCUUCCACGGGGUAACAUUUAAGAUAGAGGAAGUUCCGUUGACGAAGGACUUUAAGAAGGUGUACGAUGCAUCGGUUGAACUGUGGGUCGAAGCGAUGCAAAAGUUUACUGAGGCAGCCGAACUGAUCGACGCCGAAAGCCGAAUGAAGAAGACUAUGUGGGGCCAGUUUUGGUCGGCCCAUCAGCGCUUUUUCAAGUAUCUUUGCAUCGCCUCUAAGGUAAACCACGCGGUUAAGGUGGCCCGUGAGGCGAUCAAGUACGGAAAAUGUGUCGUGAUUGGAUUGCAGUCCACGGGCGAGGCGCGAACGCUGGAGCAACUCGAGCGCGACGAUGGAGAACUGUCGGACUUUGUGUCUACGGCCAAGGGUGUGAUACAGUCGUUGGUGGAGAAACACUUUCCGGCACCGGACCGGAAUCGCAUUAACCGGUUGCUCGGCAUCGGUGAACCGCGGCCUACCAAGCUCGAUAGUAUCCUGAGCGCGAUUGAUAGUGGUGGUGCCGGAAGCAAAGGGAAGACUAGCGCGGAUGCCAAGCGUAACAAACGUGUGGCCACUACGAAAGCGUCGACCGUACCGAAGACGAAACGCGCACGGAACAACGAUUCGUCCGAGGAUGAGGACGAUUCACCUGAGUCCUCCACAUCGGAUGCGGAAAGCGAACCGAAAGCAUCCGAUAGCGAGCUGGAAGAGGAUAGUGAUGGUGACCACGGUCGAUACGAUAGUGAUGCGAGCCAGAGCGAUGAGUACAACCCUUUCUAUAACGGCUCGGAUAGUGACGAUGAUCCGUGGGUGAGUUCGAAAACGAAGUCCUCCUCGGUUUCCAAACCGAAAGCGAAACCAUCGGCUACCACUACCACGUCGAAAGUGUCGUCCGCGUCGGCAGAAGUGACGGCGUCCGCUGUUAGUCGGAAGAAACCAACGAGCACGCAGGACAAGAUUCAGGCGCAUCUCACGAAAAAGCAAACCGACACCAAACCGCUGACCAUCCAGUCCGGUAAUGGGUUCUCGAUUCAGCUAGCCGGAGGUCCACCGCCGAAGGAUGCGAUCGAGCGGGCCUGCCAAAUGAAGGACGAACUGUUGGCGAAGAUCGAACGGUUGGGUGAUCGGUUGCCGGCUAACACGCUCGAUCAGCUAAUCGAUGAGCUCGGUGGACCUGAGAAUGUGGCCGAGAUGACGGGCCGGAAGGGACGCGUGGUUCAGAAUGACGACGGAUCGAUACAGUACGAGUCGCGGUCGGAGCAGGACGUACCGCUCGAGACGCUCAACAUAACGGAAAAGAAGCGCUUCAUGGACGGCGAUAAGGACGUGGCGAUCAUAUCGGAGGCUGCCUCGAGCGGUAUCUCGUUGCAGAGUGACCGCCGGGUGCGGAAUACGAGGCGCCGAGUGCACAUAACGCUCGAGCUGCCCUGGUCGGCCGAUCGAGCGAUACAGCAGUUCGGUCGAACGCAUCGCUCGAACCAGGUGAACGCACCGGAGUACAUGUUCCUUAUAUCCGAUCUAGCCGGUGAGCGCCGGUUCGCCUCGACCGUUGCCAAGCGGCUCGAAUCGCUCGGUGCCCUAACACACGGUGAUCGGCGUGCGACUGAAACGCGCGAUCUGUCCCAGUUCAACAUUGACAACAAGUACGGACGAACUGCGCUGGAGGCGGUGAUGAAGACGAUUAUGGGCUACGAGUCACCGAUCGUACCACCGCCCGCCGACUAUCGCGGUGACUUUUUCAAGGACGUGGCCGCCGCCCUGGUCGGAGUGGGGCUGAUCGUCAACAGUGAACAGAUGCCGGGCGUGCUGAGCCUCGACAAAGACUACAACAACAUAUCGAAGUUCCUCAAUCGCAUCCUGGGCAUGCCGGUCGAGUUGCAGAACCGACUGUUUAAGUACUUCACCGAUACGCUCGAGGCCACGAUUGCGCAGGCCAAAAAGCGGGGACGAUUCGAUCUUGGAAUCCUUGAUCUGGGCGCGGCUGGUGAAAAUGUGACUCGCAUCAAGCUGAUUCGUUUUGUACGCAAACAUGCCACCGGUAUUGCACCGACCGAGCUGCAUGUAGUAAAGGUGGAGCGCGGCAUGAUCUGGCAGGAAGCAAUCGAUAAGUGGUCGGAAUUGGCCGGAGACAAGGAAGGUUUCUAUCGUUCGCUACAGCCACGCAACGGCAAACAUAAUGUGAUUCUUGCGAUCGAAAUCGAGGAUAGCAUGGCUAAGAAGAAGAACAUCCUGUCCAGCACGAAUGCGUCGGACGAUGGGAGGAAAAACCGAAAGGAGAACAUACUGUUCCAGGUAUACCACCCGAACACGGGCUUACAGUUCAAGCACGAAUCCCUGGCCGAGCUGGAGAAGCGAUACGUGAAGGUGCUGAGCACCGAGGCCGAGACACACUGGACGCAGCUGUAUGAUGCAUCGGUUAAUACUUGCUCUCACAGCUACUGGAAGGGCCAUUGCCGUAACGUGUCGCUGGGUCAGGAGUGUGAGAUUGGGCUCCGAAGGCGUACCUACAGUGUACUCUCCGGUUCAGUGCUAGCCGUGUGGGCUAGGGUAGAGAAUAGCCUGGCCGCUCGCAUCGGCAGCCAGUCUCGGAUGCAAGUCAUACGACUGAAGACGAAGGAAGGCGUGAAGAUCGUCGGUACGCUUAUUCCAAAGAACUGCGUUGACCAGCUGGUAAAAGAUCUAUCCAGCGACGCAGAAAAGGUGGAGGAAGUGGUGUUCGAUGAGUAGUAGUGGUAAGGCGUUCUCUCCUGGACAAUGAAACCACCCGUUGAGGCGACACGGAUUCGUUGCAGCACCGAGGUCCUGAUAGGUGGUGCUUACCGUAGCAGCAGCCUGUAGUUAUUCUUCCUCUUCUUCUUAUUAUUACAAUUCUCGUUUUUUUCACCUUUGGCCUCUCGUAGAACAUUCCUCGUUGAAUGCCUCGUUGUGUUCAUUGUUUUGGAUUCGCUCAAGUGUGUGUGCGUGUGUAGCAGUGGUUUGGACCAAGGAGCCAAUCGAAUUAUCUUUUUUUUAAUUUCCCCCUCAUUCUAGAGCAGUUUUGUAUAGCGUUGUACAAAUUAAGGUAAUGCGUUCCGUGAAAGAAGAAAAAGAAGAAGCAGAAAAAAGAGAAACAAAAACCAAAUUUAAGGAAACUUGCUUUCGUGCGAUGGACGUGGGUAUCCAGCAAUGGACGUGCCAGCACAAGAUUCGUUCGUCUUCGUUACGCUUCUUAUACUAGAACAGCCAACCGAUAACCGUGACUGCAGUGAGAGACAAGUGAUAGUGAUUCGACUCCCCCCCACUCCCACCGGGUGUUGCACGACAGGUUAGGACGAAGGGACGAAUAGUAUGGAAAAUAAAGACGAAUACCCCAAGACACAAAGAGUAAUGAGUGAUAGUGGUGAUUAUGUUCAUCCGAAACGCUAGUAACAUUCGAGAGAGCGAUUCGUGA